CUUCCUUUUGUUGACAGUUUUGUCUUGCUGCGUCAGUGAACGUACAGACAAAAUUAACAGAUUGGUCGAUAUUCACAACUCUUCUGAUUUUGAACAGCAAGCGUUUUGUUCCUCGACAUGGCACAGACUCAACCAAGACAAAACUUUCACUCUGAAAGUGAAGCUAGCAUCAAUAAACAGAUAAAUUUGGAGCUGUACGCUAGCUACAUCUAUCAGUCAAUGGCCUUUUACUUUGAUCGAGAUGAUGUGGCACUUCCGGGAUUCAGUAAGUUUUUUAAGAAAUCGUCUGAUGAAGAACGGGAGCACGCAGAAAAGCUAAUGCAGUACCAGAACAAGAGAGGAGGUCGCAUCGUACUUCAGAACAUCACUAAGCCUGACCGUGAUGAGUGGGGAAGUGGACUGGAAGCCAUGCAGACCGCACUGUCACUGGAGAAAAAUGUUAACCAGUCACUUCUGGACCUUCAUGGCGUGGCUAACUCCCACGGUGACCCACAGUUGUCUGACUUCAUCGAGGAAUCCUUCCUGACUGAACAAGUGGAGGCCAUCAGGCAACUCUCUGAUUAUAUAACACUAUUAAAGAAGGUCGGACCAGGGCUAGGAGAGUACCAGUUUGACAAGGAAACUCUGCAAGGCUAGACAACCAAUCAGCACACAGCUUACAAAAUCAUUGACCAAUUGGAGGAGCACAAACAUACACAAGAUUUUACUAAUAUUAACAUCACAAAUACUGAAUAUGAUCACGAUUUAUUAGGAUUUAGUAAUUUUAUCCACACAUUACUAGGUCAAGAAAUUACAUAUUGUAUCAGAAUUCAUGGGAAAUAUUUAAUAUGUGAUAUGAUAAGAAAUAAGAAAUUAUGGGAAAUAUUUUUGUGAUAUGAAAAAACAAAAUAGGAAUUUAUGGGAAAUGUUUAUGUGGUAUGAUUAGAAAUAAGAUUUUAUGGGCAGUAUUUAUGUGAUUGAUAAGGAAUAAGAAUUUAUGGGAAACAUUUAUGUGAUAUGAAGAAAGAACAUAUUCAGAUUUUAUAGGAAAGAUUUAUGUGAUGUGAAAAAAAAAAGAUUUUUUUUUUUUUUUUUUUUGGCUGCCCAAUAUUUACAGUUACAUUGUAAAGCAAGAAACUGGUCGUAAUCCUUUGUCUGAAGUGUAAUUGUUGUUUUUGUUGAGUUUAUUGUGUUUCAGUGUUGUAUAAACAUGGUCCGUGCAUUUGUCUUCAAACUGGACCCAACUACAUUGUACACAAGAUUUGGAUACAUUAUUCCUCAAUAUACAUUGUAACAUGAAAGUGAAAAUGUGCUCCGCAUUCAAAAUUUCGCGAACAGGUCAUUAAGAUUUUCUGUUGGACCCAAAGUAUCAAAUGAUUUAUGUUUUUUGAUAUACAGAUGUACAAUAUUUUUACAAGAUAUCAUACAAUCAGCUGGCUUUAUUUUAGAUCAGUUUUACGUCGUCAUUAUAAUAAUUCCAAGUUAACAAAUUCAGGAAGUGUUUUUUUCCUUUGUAUUUUGUGUUACUGCCAAUGUUUACGUGAUUCUCAGGAAAGAUGUAUAUUUGGUAAUAAAUAUUGUCGUAAAAUCCGGUA